AGAGCUCAGAGGGGGGUAGAUACACAAGAAAGUAGGGAGGGGGUAACUAUGCAUGAAAUAAAAGGAGAGAGAUAAUGGGUGACAUCACAGCCGUUCAUUUCAUCAGAAGUUUGUUGAAGCAAGCCCACCCAUUAACAGGCCUCAGUUAAAGAGCAUUCUGGUUUCGUUCCCUAGCCUCACGCCACAGAGGAUGAAAAGCUACAGCCCACGCUAAGUUUGUGCUCUUGUUGCUGUUGAUGUUGGUUUCGAUCGUUUCCUUCGAUUCUUCUUUGCCCUACAAUGCUUGAUUGAUUCAUACCAAGACCCAGAUUUCUCUUUUUGUUUCCAAAUGGGUUCUCCUCUCAAACAACUGCCAAGGAGGCUCUUUGAGCUGCUAGAGGAGCAGCAAGAGCCUUUUCUCCUUGAGAAUGGGUUUUCUAGGAGAAGAUGCUUCAAAUGCGAAGGUACAUUUAGGUGUUGGAGUCUGAGCAAUCAUGGGUUUAGGAGGAGGAGGGCUAGAAAUGGCAUUUUGCAUUGUUUCCUUGCUAGGAGUGUAUGCUGGAAAGCAAUCAAGAGGGCUUUGAAGUGGGAAAGAGCUAAACUUGCUGGUUGUCUCUCUGAAAUAAGAAGCGAGGCCAAUGCCGGAGGUUUUCAUCGCUUAUCAGGGUUUAGUGGAGAGAUUAAAGGGAAUAAGAUUGAGCAUAGUCCUGUUUCUGUUCUUGAACUGCACUCAUAUGAGGCCUCCUCUGAUCAAAAUCAUUCAAUGGACGAAGAGAAUUCAUCAACAUCGAGGCUCAACUCACCUACAUAUUCUCUUCCAAUUCGACCAAGGCAGCUCCUUUUGGAUUUCUUGGAGGAAAUGGAGGAAAGAGAUUGUCACCCUUGCGAAUUUUUGGGGCAAAAAAUGGGUACAAAUAUUAUGAAGCAAGAGGAGAUCUUUCCAUGGGAGAAACAAAGGGAAGAUGUGCCAAUGUUUAGUGACUUGCUAAGCUUGGAUUUAUCUGCAACAAAAAGGGAAUGGACCCAGUUUCAAGCUGAGAAGAGAGAGAUUGGAACAAAGAUAGGAGGCAUGAUCUUUGAAGAGAUGAGAGUAGAGUGUGUGUAUGAUAUGCUUGGCUUUUGUUGUACAUUGAAAACUUGAUGAUUUUGAUGAUGAUGAUGAUGAUGAUGAUGAUGAUGAGUGUAAUUACGAAAGCACAGUCGAGCCUUAAACUGUUUUAAUUUUGUUUCUUUUGUCUUGUGGGUUUUUGGCAUUAAGGAAAGAUCUAAAAAAGCAUUGAUGCUAGAGGAGAAGACAAAAGUGUUUUCUCUUUCAUGUUGAAGUUCAAUGGUCAAUAGCACACAGCCUCUUGGCAUUA